UAACACAAUUUUUUUGCAGCCCUAGCACCCAAAUCCAAGCACGAAGUUGUAGGGAAAAGAGACGAGGAGUUUGACGAGUCUCGUUCGCCGUUUGCCUUCGCACUUGGUCCGAGCGACAGUCCUCGUCCAGUAGCUCUCCUCCAGGUUUGCUCCGACUCGAUUACUUCACGAUCGCUCCGGAUUUUCGAGGGUUUUGAAUCAAGAUAGCAUUUGGAAAUGUUUCUGAAGGUGCAGUUGCCAUGGAAUGUGAUCAUUUCGGCAGAAGACCUGGAUGCAAAGGGAUUAAUGCUGCAAAGGUCCAUCAUAAUACGCCUCUUGGAUGACUUUGCGUGUAAGAAGGCAACAAAGGACCUGGGUUAUUUCAGUGCUGUGACGACACUGGAUAGCAUUGGCGAAGGGAAAGUAAGACAACAUUCUGGAGACGUCCUUUUCCCUGUGGUCUUCAGCGGCAUCACCUUCAAGCUUUUCCGGGGAGAAAUCCUGGAUGGAGUGGUGCACAAGGUCCUCAAACAUGGGGUCUUCUUAAGAUGUGGGCCUGUCGAGAAUGUCUACCUUUCCAACCUGAAGAUGGCGGACUACAAAUAUGUGCCUGGGGAGAAUCCUAUAUUCUUGAAUGACAAGCUGUCCAAGAUAGGUAAAGAUGUGACAGUCCGAUUCAUGGUGAUUGGAACGAAGUGGCUCGAGGUGGAGAGGGAGUUUCAGGCGUUGGUCAGCUUGGAGGGUGAUUUCUUAGGACCUGUUUCAUAGUAAGUUUGUCACAUAACCAGCAUGUCUCUAUGACGCUUCUUCCUCUGUAAAUGAAUCACUUUUAGAGGGGUUCUUCUAUUUUGUAGUAGUCCUGCUGGUUGUGACACAGGGAGGGAGUUGCAUACUGCAACCUGUUCAAUUAGCUAAGCUAAUUGAUCUUUUAAGCAUUGCGGUUGGAUGCCACCAGAUCUGUCAAUUAACUCGGUUUAUAAACUGGCUUUAGCAAGUUGAAUAGUGAUGUUUGUACGAUAUGUGAUGGUUAAGAUUCCCCUUCUUGAUGUUCUGUAUGCUCUAACUAGUGAUCCACCAAUGGUUUCCAUGAGUUUU